AGCUCUAUGACCAGAACAUAAAGACAGUGGUUGGAGAAUUUGAUUUGAACUCAAGUAACUCAGUUGUCACAGAGAGUGUGCAGGUUAAAGGCACUACAUAUGCAAAUGGAAUGCUGGUCUUACUGAGCUACGCAAAAGGACUACUGCAGUUAGGACAAAUAGCAAGCAUUUUUGUAAAAAAUGAAACUACUGUCCUACUUUUGCUUCGAGGGAAAACUGCCAGCUGGAUACCUGAGCUUGGACUCUAUGAACUUGAUGAAAAUGCUUCUGACCUGUUCAGUUGCCAUGAUUUGAACAAACUUGAUGAUUAUCAUCCACUUUAUUCUUACCACAGAGGUACUCGGUGGCUCAUUCCUCUUAAACACACACCAACAUGGAACUUGUGAAAAACUAUGUCAAGAAAGCAAUGCCAUCGCUCAGUAGCGAUCAGAUGGAUACACUCAUGGCUAAACUGGAGGAAUUAGGAGUUCUCUCUGUAGAUGACCUGAGCCUUGUGGACCCGGAGGACAUUAAAGACACUCUGCCAUUCAUUCAGUGCAAAAGAUUCGUCAGAGCUGUCAAAGCAUUGGAAGCAGAUUCACAAACUCCACCGCAGUUCACCCGGCCUGGCCCCUCAUCAACACCUGAACCACAGAGGUUUCAGCUGCCCUCAACACCACCUGAGACAGCCGACUCCCCAUCCCAAGACACAUAUUCUGUACCAUGGCACAAAUUUCCCUCAAAAGUCAUGGAUGAGUUGCGUGAAAAAAAGUACAUAAUGGGGAAAGACAGACGAGAGAUGGUUCGGAUCGUCGCUGAAGAUUACCUCCAUAAACACCCAGGAAGACCUGGUAGACAAAAGCUGAGGGAACUCGCCAGUAUGAUUGUAGGACAAUAUCCUGCCUCCUUCAAGCUGACAGAGCCGUUUGGAAACAAACCUUUUGCAAAAGAUGGUUCUGAAACUCUCUUUCGUCAGCUGGAACACAGAAUUGAAAAUAUGAAGAGGCCACAAAGCUCACUGAAGAGGCAAGCAGGGGGUGAAAAUUCAACAAAGAAAAGGCCCAGGAAUUCAGAUCUGUAUGGAUGUGUGGCGUGGGAUCCAAUCAUUGAGGGGGCCGUGUGUAGAGAAGACCUGCUGUCUAAACGAGAUGAGUUGAAACGUGCCUUUCAAACCCAGGAUCUUCAGGAGUCAUCUGUUCGAAAAUUGAUGACUGAAACAUAUCCCAUUCAGCGUGAAAUCCUCAACGAUGAUGAUACCACUAUUGCCGUUGUAAAGGACGAGUGGCCGUUCCUGUUUGAAGUUCCUCACCUGUUUGAUCAUGCAUCUAAACUCCUUGGCUUCUCUGUACAAAACAAGCUGGCACAGGAACUUUCCAAAAAAGAAAAGGGGAUCAAUGACUUCCUUGACUCCAAAGGGAUGAAGACGGGCGAAGGUCCAAUACAGCUCAUUUGUGGCAUUUCAAAAUACUUCAAGGAAGACUCUUAUAAACUCUUCCACAAAAAAGAGAUCUCUGCAGAUCCUGAAGUCGAACUCCCAGUGACCCCAUGCAUCCUAAUCAGAGGUGACCAGCAAUUCAAGAUUGCUGUUGAUGGGUUACUUGUCAAUGACCACAUCACCUCUCCCAUUGUGGCCUUGAGCUACGUCUUCUCCAUGUUUUAUGUCUGCAACGUCCAAUACCCACCGGAGAUGGCUUUUACUCUCGAAUUCAUGCAAAGAGUUUUCUUUGGGGUCAAUCCUGAGCGAGGCUCCAAGGCAGAGAAGAAGGGAAGAAACGGCACUUCAUUCCUCCACAGGUGUGCAAGCUGGUUUCUCAGCUGA